AUGGGGGUUAUGGGUACUAUCGUGUCGUAUCGCAUUGUUUUGCUGUUUUGUAUUCGUCUGACGUAGUCGCAGUGAAGUCGUGCGGUGGAAUGCGCAGAGCAUGCGUCUACAAUGUACCGCGAAAAAGUUCUCGCGCAAGUUUUCUUUAAAAACUGUGUGAAUUUAUGUGACAAGAUAUUUGUGGUUUAAUAUUUGCGCAACAGACUUAUAUUGUGUGUGGUAUUUUUUGUAAUUGGAUAAUAUUAAUACAGAAAUAUACAAUUUUGGAGGUGUCGAGAACAUUUUGAUUCAGUUUUCGAAGAAUUUACAAAGAAGAUGUCGAAUUUUCAACGUACACGAAGCAAAGUAUGGUGGGGUGACACACCGCCGAACAUCGGAAGCCCAGUGGCGCCGCAACCGUGGAACCAAAACAAUAGGAGAGAAGAACAAGACUGGGAACCUCAGCUACCGCAUUGGAUAGCUAACCAACCAGAACAGAGAAACAAUAGCACAGAUAAUAUAGCACCUAAUAAUGCCCAAAUUAAUCAAUGGCCAUUGCGUCAUGGCAGUCCCGGUAGUCACAAAAGCCAGGACUCUGGCUUCUCAGACUCCGAUAGCUCCCCACCGACUUUACAAUACUAUCCACCCGCAGAUAAUAGUAAUUCCACAAUAAAAUCCACGAACAGCAGUGAUUCCAACAACAAUGAAAACGUUACAGUGAAACAAGCAAUUGAUUUACAAAACACAGAACAUAGCAGAGAUGUUGUUGACAAUUCCUUAUCGUCAAACAAUGUCAGUAUUGAAGCGCCGACUCCAAAGCCAAGAUUACGAAGUAGCAGUGUUAUACAAACGCCGUAUGAUUUACAAAAGUACUACGAAGUACACACAGACGAAGAACAUAUGGAUCUGUUAAAGGACAAUGACAAAGAAAACGAUGGCGAACCGAAGUAUCCAGCACCAACAAAUAUAAAUAACAAUUAUGAGAAAGACAAUUCGAAAAAAAUGAUCGACAAAACAAUUGCACCGAAGUUAAAUAAAGUAGAAAGUAAGAAAGUUAACAACGUUAAUCCCAUUACUAACAAACGUACAAUCCAAAAAGAUACCAAAGAAGUACCAAGUAGUAAUAUAAAUAUAAUAAGUCCUUCGAAGAAAUAUCCAAUUAAAAAGACAUUCGUAUCUAGUACUAACAGUGAUAAUUCUAAUAUUAUUAAAGUAGCCAAAGUCAAGGACUUAGAAACCAGCAAGAACAAAUCAGAUGACAGUUUAGAAUACAUAAAAUUGUCUCAUGACAAUGAAAUUGCAGUAAACAAUCAACCAAGAGUUCGUACACCAAUCUCCAACGUGUCUUAUGUACCAACGGAAAGAAUAGCACCAAUAAAACCUGAAUACAAGAGAAGUAAUUCAAACGAAGAACCCAUUUGUACUACACCUAAAUUCCAAAGAAAUAGAUUAAAUCAAUCCUUAAACUUUGAGGCUCAGAGACUUGAUCAGCAAAUUUUAGACAUCCAAGGAGGUUAUCAUUCACUAGGUUACAUUGAUGAAGAUGAACCUAAAGAUAUACAAAACCAAACAGAGCCAAUGCACAAACCUACCAAAGCGUUAUUAGGUAAAAAUAUUAUGGACAGUCUUCACUUAAAACCGAAUAAAAAACCAGGACCAAAAGCUAAACAGAGAAUGGUUAAAGCUGAAAGGGCGAAGGAUUUAUUUAGAUUAUUUCCUACUAAGAAAGAAAAGCCUGGAGUAGUAGACAGUCACGCUGGUGGUGUUUUGAAUGGUAGCAGAGUACCUUCUUUAGGUCUACCGAGAUCUGCUGAACAAAAUUCUUGGGUCAUCGUUGGUCAUCCUCAGAAAGAAUUACUAAUACCUAAUUAUACAGAAAGACUGGUUGCAACAGAAAGUGAUAUUAACUUAAAAGCAAAGGACAAUGAAGAAGAAAUUAACUACGUAAAAACAAGAAGGGUGACACCACCACCGCAGUUUAGAGACAAACAAAAAAUACCUUAUGAUUCCGAUACAAAAUCGGAUAAAGACCUAACGCAUGACUCCAAAAGGGAGAAGUUAAAAUAUGAGAUCGACUUCACAGAUUUGCAAUUAAACUUCGCUUGUACUUCAACACCAAAAAUGAUAGCACCGCAAGAAUUUUUGAAUAAACCUCAAACACCGAGAAGUACGAAAAAUUGUAGAGUUAAUUUGAUAGGCGAUUUCAAUGGCGGAUUGGUUUUAAACAAUCAAAACGAGAUACUAUACAGAGAAAGAAGCAUAGACCAGACAACAUUAGAGCGGUUAUGUGAUCGUAAACCCGAACCUGUGCAGUACUGGCUGUGUGAUCUGAUCAGUUCCAAUGAGAAUGAAUGUAUGACGACAUUGCAGAGCAAACCUUUAGGUACUGAGAUGAAAGCAUUGGUUUCUGCCAGUUCCGCUACUAUUACUGGCAAUAUUAAAAAGGUGCAGACACACGGACAGAUCAUUGUACACCAGUAUAGUGAUGUUAUAAGGCAAAUAGAAUCGGACAACACAGGAGAAGAACAAAUAUGUCUGCUUGUAGCUAACAUUAAUGAAUUUGUGUUAGCUCAUAGUAUAACAUUAAAUACGAAGCCGCCCGGCGAAACACCUGACAGAUGGGACAAGAUCAAAGUAUCGUUACAAAUGUAUCUACAGAAAUUAAUCGAUAUCGGUGAAGAUGUCAAAUUAGAAUUGAACGAGAGUAAUCCGCAAUGGAAUCUAGUACAGAAACAUCUAGAUACACUGAUCGGUAUCUUCUUAGAGACGACGAAAGCGGUGCUGGUUCAACAAAUGAAGACCUUAGUAUCGAUAAUUGAAGAACCUCCAUCAGAUAUGAUAUUGAAGAGUACACUGACAUCUAUCGGCCAUCUUGCGAUGUUAAGCGAGAAUACAGAAAGUUCCUUACACGAGAAAUGUUCAAAAAUCAUGAAGAGUAUAACUGAAUUACCUUUCGUGGAAUGCGGAGUACCGAGAGCUCUGCUUACUGCUAUUAUUGAAAGCAAUAAGAGUUCCAUAAAGGCGUUGUCUUUACGCGCUCUAGCGACAGUAUGUGUCACUGCUGAAGCCGUCAAACAAUUUGAAGAGGGUGGUGGUAUAGAAAUUCUAUCAGAUAUCUUAUCAGACAGAUCGAACCCUGAGCCUCAGAUGAGAGAAGCUAUCACUGUGCUUACCCAGAUCACCGCGCCCUGGCUGCGGGGACACUACGACCUCACACAACUGCAUCUCUACCUGAAUUCAAUCGUUGAUAAUAUUACUGGUAUACUCUCACGGACCGAUUGUUGUCAACUUCUGUUACUAUGUACUGCGUGUCUCGUCAAUCUUGUCCGGGAAUUAGAACUGGAGAAGAAGUCUGACGAAGUCAACUCUGACGAAAUCAAGUCUGACAUUGUUGAUGUGUUCGCACGACAUAGAACUAUCGAGAAACUUUUAGAUGCAUUAAAACGAAGAGGACCGAACACAUCUGUAUUCCUACAGGAGCAAACAGCGUCCCUAAUCUCGUCACUGUCCCGCGUGUCACGCUGCGUGCUACCGCUGUCCCGCUCUGCGGCGGCGAGCGCCGCGCUCGUGUGGUUCGCACGCUCGUUGCCGUCACUCGCGCCCGCGCCGCGCGCCGCCGAGCUGCGCGCUCAGGCGAGACUGCACUGUCAUGCUGCUGAAGCUAUCGCCAGAUUAACGGUGAUACCAGAAGUGGCACAACAGAUGGUACAAUUGGAAUGCGUUCCUCAUCUUAUCCGUUUGGUUAGGAUGCAAAGAUCGCGCCCGCCUCUAGACACGAACCCGGACCAAACACUCAUACAUUGUCUUAAAGCGUUAAGAACACUAUACAAACAUCAUCCAGAGGCUUUUGAGGAUAAAAAAGACGUCGAAGAAAUGAUCAGACCACAUUUAAUGGAGUCUUUAAUGUUAUUUUCAGCAAAAAAAGAAAGUUACGUUUAAUUUAAGAACGACUUCAAUCUAUAGUUGGUAAAUGUCAUGCAAAUAUCGAGUAUUGUAAUUGCAAUACGUAAACAAAACAUGAGAAUUGAGUUUAAUGACGUCACAGGUCAUAGUAGUUUGGUCACUCAUAAAAAAUGAGUAAAACUGUCAUUCACUUGGGUCUUGUGUUAUGGUUUAUUAGUUUUAACAGGGUCAUGAAAUUUGAUAUUGAAAAUUAAAAGAUUAAUUUAUCUUUUUAGGUUAUAAUGUUACAUGUAAUUUUGCUUCAAUUUGAGGAAUAUAUUGAAAAAAUGUUUACAUCUUAACAUUUUUUCCCAGAAACUGACAACUCGAUAAGGAGACAUACACAUGACAAAUGAAUUUAUUUCAUGCAUUAUUGUAACAUUCCAUUUAACGUUGGAUUAAAAUAUUUCUAGAAAGUGAAAACCCUUUUUAAAUAUAUUACUAAAUACUCUUGUAAAUAAAAUAAAAAUGGAUUUUCGUAAGUCAAUAUUUAUGAUUUCUAUUUUGUAAGAUAUCAGAGGCCAUAAACAAAUGUUAGCUAGUCCUCAUAUUUUACUUGGUUAUUUUUAAGUUUAAAAAUAUAUGUUUUCAAAUAAAACUGAUAUUGUCAGAAAUGAGGAUAUUCUUUGCAUUUCUGCUCCAGUAAUUAUAUUGUAUUUUGAACAAAAAAUUCGAAAUAUUUAGGUUAUAAUUGUAAAAACAAACUCAAGUUAUUUUUAUUUCAUAGUAUGAUAUUCGGACUUUUAAGCCAAAAUAGAAAAGAAAACUCGUAUUGUUUAGGUUAUUUUUUCAAACUAUAGACUCAGUAUUGCCAUGUUAUAACAUAAAUGCUCAUUGUAAUUUAAUCUGUGGUAGUUUUAUACUAUCAGAGUUUUAUAAUCAACACUUUAUUAAGUUUUUAUUAAUAAAAACAAAAAGGCAAUGAAAUCUAUUAAAAUCUUGUUUCCUUUUUGUUAUUAAUGCAAACUAUGAUAUAGUAAAUACUAUGAAAGCGUGGCUGCCCUAAACAUACCUGGCGGCGUUCAGUGGCGGUCGACUUGAAGGCAAUCGGGCUAUCAUGGUCUGAGACACAACGCAGAGCCCAAGACAGAGCGAGCUGGCGGCGUACUGUGGACGCCCUCUGUCCCACUUUGGGGACAUAGGAAUAGAAGAGAGAGAGAGAGAGAGAGAGAGAGAGAGAGAUGAUAGUGUUUUACUUGUAUUUUAUAAUAUUGAUACCACCUCUACUUAAUGUAACGAAAAGUAUUGUGUAUUUAAAUGUAUAGAUAUGAUAAAAUAUGUUUAAUUGUUAAUUUUGUAUAUACAAUAAAGUACUAU